CAGUGGUUUGCAGAGUGAUAGCAGCAGGCAGAGCUCCCAGCCCUGGAUAAGGAACAGUCGCUGUAAAUGUGCCUGAAAGCAAUUUCCAAUCUUUGCAUUAGCAGGCAUUUCUGCCGUGGAACCGCAGGGUCGGAGGACUGAGAGUGAGAGCUGCCCGGGAGAGGCUGACCUGCGAGCACCGGAGUUCCUGGGGACGCUGUGCCCUCACUUGCCCAGCGUGCGGGAUCGGGAAAGUGCCUCUGCCUGCGUGGGGCACAAGGACGACGCCCGCCUCUCUCUCUGAGAAGGACCCCCAGACCUCGCUCCCUUCACCCCUGCCCCCCUCAAAAAGCGGGUUAAAAACCCCUCCCCCCACCGGGCAGCUGCAGCGGCAGCGGCAGCCCCGGCCUCGCAGGCGCGUGCUCCAGGGUGCAGCCGGGGCCUGCGGGACUCCCUAACUUCCCGCCGACGCCAGUUCGAGCCCCGUCCCGGGCGCCGCGGAGUCUCGAACGCCCGUGACGUGGAGUUUCACUCGUCAGGAGGCCUCCACCCCUUCCUUCCUUCCCCGCGAGGAGCGAUCGGAACCCGAGAAGUCCUCUCGUCCGAGCACACCGUGCCAGUCAGCUGGCCCGUCACGCUCUUCUCUCCGCCGCGUCCCAGCUCGCCUUCCUGAGACUCAUAAGGCCCUCCCGAAGGGAUUUUUUUAAAAAAAUCACAAAAACAAAACUGGUUCUUGGAAGGGGGCUGCAGGAGAAAAGCCCCAGAGGUGGAUGUUACUGAGCUGCCGGGCGGACGCGAGCGGUGAGAGGUCUGCGCCCGGCCGCGCGGCGUCGCCGGGGAAUUGCUCUCCGCAGCCGGAAGGGGGCCGCGGGGAGCGCUCCUGCCCGGCGGCGGCGGGGGCGGGGGAGGCCGCAGGCCGACUAGCCACAGCUCCGGCGAUGCGUCCUCGUCCUCUCCGCCGCGGUUGAUGCGGCGCGUGCACGCCGCCGCCCGCACCGGGACCUGGGCCGGGUCGCAAGGCUUGGCGCCCCGCCACCGCUUCGGCCUAGGAUUUCAGAUGCAUGCCAGGUUUCCAUUGAUUGUCAGAAUUCGAGAUCAUUACACAUGGAUCCCCCAAAUCAACAUGGCAGUGGCAGUUCAUUAGUUGUGAUCCAGCAGCCUUCUUUGGAUAGUCGUCAGAGAUUAGACUAUGAGAGAGAGAUUCAGCCUGCUGCUAUUUUGUCCUUAGACCAGAUAAAGGCCAUCAGAGGCAGCAACGAAUAUACAGAAGGACCUUCAGUGGUGAAAAGACCUGCUCCUCGGACAGCACCAAGACAAGAAAAGCAUGAAAGGACUCAUGAAAUCAUACCAAUUAAUGUGAAUAACAACUAUGAACAUAGACCUACAAGCCACCUGGGACAUGCGGGACUCCCAAAUAAUGCUAGAGGCCCCAUUUUGAGCAGAUCGACCAGCACUGGAAGUGCAGCCAGUUCUGGGAGCAACAGCAGUGCCUCUUCUGAGCAGGGACUCUUAGGAAGGUCACCACCAAACAGACCAGUCCCUGGUCAUAGGUCUGAAAGGGCAAUCCGGACUCAGCCCAAGCAACUGAUUGUGGAUGACUUGAAAGGUUCCUUAAAAGAGGAUCUGACACAGCACAAGUUCAUUUGUGAACAGUGUGGAAAGUGCAAGUGUGGAGAAUGCACAGCUCCCAGGACCCUGCCAUCUUGUUUGGCCUGUAACCGGCAGUGCCUUUGCUCUGCUGAAAGCAUGGUGGAAUAUGGAACCUGCAUGUGCUUAGUCAAGGGCAUCUUCUACCACUGCUCCAAUGAUGACGAAGGGGAUUCUUACUCGGAUAAUCCUUGCUCCUGUUCACAGUCACACUGCUGCUCUAGAUACCUGUGUAUGGGAACCAUGUCUUUAUUUUUACCUUGCUUACUCUGUUAUCCCCCUGCUAAGGGAUGCCUGAAGCUGUGCAAGGGGUGUUAUGAUUGGAUCCAUCGCCCAGGGUGCAGAUGUAAGAACUCCAACACUGUCUAUUGUAAGCUGGAGAGCUGCCCCUCCCGGGGUCAGGGUAAACCAUCAUGAUUUUUGGAAGUGGUUUGCACCUUUAGAACUUCUAGCUUUCAAGUUAUGGCUGUUAAAAAAGAUUCUAUUAGAUACUGGUUUUCUUUUCUAUAGAAUUUUCCCUGUUUUCUGCCUUUUCUUCACUUGUUCCUAAGGUUUGAGUCAUGGAUUUUACUCAUCUCUCAUGGAUGAUCUUCGAUAACAGUGGACUGUAAAACUGCACCUGGCUCCCACUCAUGACAAGAGUCUCUGCCAUCCUCUUGAGAGGGUAUUGAGAGCCAGUGGGCUUUUGGUAUAGCCUUUUUGCUCUGCAAGCAGCUUUCCAAAGUUGUAUGUGCAAACGUACAUCCACACCCAGACUACAGUGAUUUAGAGCUGUUUGUGAUUGGGUACUGUGGGAGCAGGAAAAUUGGUUUUUGAAAAAGCAACUGUUUAAUUGCUUAAAUAAGCUAUGUAUUAAAUCUUUCUCCAAUUAGGGCUAUCUUCCUAGCAUUGGACCCUUAAGUAGCAUGGAGCAUAUAUUUUUGUUAUAACAUAAAAUUUUUUCUUUAACCACUGCCCUCUCCUUGUCCGUCUAAGUUCUCUUCCCCUCAGUUUUGGCAUUAUCUUACUCUGGAGAUGCCAGAUGUGUGUUUUGUUUUUUCUUUCUAUGUAAUUUUAGAUUUUGCUUUACAAUGUAAAUCUUCACAUUGGAGAUAUGUUGGUUUGUAUCUUGCUCAUCUUUAUCCUAGCUUUCAUAUUUGUGAAGGACUCAACUACCUUCCUUCCACACCCCAUACACUUUAAAUUUUUUUUGUCAUUGAGGGCACUUGGAUAACUGAAGUUGUUAUUUAUAACUGAUCAAUCUGUAGAUGUCAUGGAACUAUGCUGCCUAAGGUGAUCUUGGCUCCUUAACGGUCCUUUUGGUCCCUUUGUUAGUUAACACCUGAGUAAUUCUGAUCUGCUCUGUGUUUUCAUUGCCUUAACCACAAAUUGUGGUGCUCUUUGUAUAUUUUAUGUAUAAAUCACAAAAUUGAAUUCUGACUAUUUUUAAGACAAAAGUCUGUUAAACUUUUUUAUUGUAAAGAAUAUUUAUUAUGCGAAUCUAUUAUUUUAUGAUAUUUAUUGCAAAAGACUGUUGAAAUGUAAUCAUGUCUGAAUAUAACAAAAUAUCAAUACUUAACAAAAAAUAAGGUGACACGAAGA